GCUUAGAAAUAUGAAUUGUAUCGUUUGGAGAGCGGACCCUCGGAGAAAAUGACAAUGAACGAAGAAGAAGCAACUUACGCGUUGAAAACGAUGAUCUACAUCAGACGAAUGGAAAACAAGGCGGCGGAAUUAUAUAGAUUGCGCUUGAUCAACGGUUUCCUUCAUUUAUAUUCUGGUCAGGAAGCAGUAGCCGUUGGUACAAAGAUGUCGAUAAUGGAAAAGGACAGUUUGAUCACAGCUUACCGAUGUCAUGGUUUCGCAGUGGUAUUCGGUGUAUCGGCACGAGAAAUAUUCGCGGAGCUGAUGGGUCGUAGGACUGGAAUUUCGAAAGGAAAAGGUGGAUCUAUGCACAUGUACGGGAAUCAAUUUUUCGGAGGCGACGGGAUCGUCGGCGGUCAGAUACCGGUUGGCGCUGGGUUGGGAUUCGCUCAAAAAUACAAUGGCACGGGUGGAGUUGCUUGGGCGUUUUAUGGGGAUGGUGCUGCGUCUCAGGGUCAAAUCUACGAAGCAUAUAACAUGUCGAAAUUAUGGAAUCUGCCGGUGGUAUUUGUAUGCGAAAAUAAUAAGUACGCGAUGGGAACGGUAGUGCAGAGGCAUUCGGCUAACACCAACUUCUACACGCGAGGAGAUCUAAUUCCAGGGGUGAAGGUAGAUGGCAUGAGAGUGAUGGAUGUUCGCGAAGCUGUGAAAUUUGCUAGAGACUACGCUCUUAGGAACGGUCCGAUUCUGCUUGAGAUGGUCACCUAUCGAUACUUUGGUCACAGCAUGAGCGAUCCUGGCACCUCUUAUCGUACCAGAGACGAAGUGAAGAAAAUACAAGCUGAACGAGAUCCUAUCGAGUUAUUGACCAAACUGCUCGUGGAGAAUGGUGUGAAAACCGAAGCGGAAAUUCUUGAAAUUAGGAAAAGCACGUACAAAGCAGUGGACAAGGAAAUGGAACAAGCUAAAGCCGACCCGUACCCGGAGAUGUCAGAAAUCGCAACGGAUCUUUACGUGAAACCAUUGGAAAAAACGCGCGGCAAAGCACCUUGGGAAACUCAUUAAAAACGGAAUCAAAUUUUUCCUCUAUACCCUUUUUUGUACUGGUUCUAGAUUUAUCAGUAAAAUAAAGUAAUAUCGAAUCGAAGCAUUUUACGUCACGAAAUUGGUCGAAAUUCAUAGAGAAAAAAAAGAACACGUCGUAGAGUAUGCUAUGCGAGUGGCUAUGUUUGUUUCUCACUGGUUUUCUUACUCCGCCAAUUGGAAUGAUCAAUUAAAACAUAUCGCGCUGCGUCAAGUCACGAUCGAGAAAAGGAAAGCAUGAAGCAAGGAGAAUAAAACAUGACGAAGACAGAAGGUUAUUACAGCAAAAGGGAACGGUUGAAAUAGAGUGAGUCAAUCGUUCAGAGGAACAUUGUAUGUAUAUAUGUAUGACAGAACGAGAGUAAAAGAAAGAGAGGGAGGAAAGAUUCCAGCGAGUAGCGUUAACGAACGACAGCGACAGUCAACGAGACAGUCUUUGCGGGAGCCGCCUUCGGUUGCUCCCACGUGCAGUUCAGCUCGUUGAAUCUUAACGAGCUUACAUCGAGAGGUAAUUGUACAUUUUCUGCGUCCA